CCCCCCACCCAUGUGGACCCACCAGCUUUUGCCUCUCGGACUCUUCCUCCACUCCGUUCUGGCCAUCCCUUUGGCAGAGAGCAAAGGGAAAAGAAAUGCCCUUCAUGAUUACCGGAAAACAGCUGAUACCUCAUUAAUAAGAAUAGACAAGACACUGAAAGUGAAAACGAAGCUGCUAAAUACUGCAGAACAGUGUGCCAAGAGAUGCAACAGAAGUAAAGGACUUUUAUUCAUUUGCAAGGCUUUCGCAUUUGACAAAACGACCAAACGCUGCCAUUGGUUAUCUUUUACUAGCCUAGAAAAUGGAGUCAGGAAGAAACAUGACAGUGCAUUCGUUCUCUAUGAAAAGAAAGACUAUGUUAGAAAUUGUAUCACUGGUAAAGGAGCAACAUAUAAGGGAAAUAUAUCAGUCACAAAAAGUGGGAUCGAGUGCCAAGCCUGGAAUUCUACAAUACCUCACGAACACAGCUUUUUACCUUCGAGCUAUCGAGGUAAAGAUCUUCAAGGAAACUACUGCCGGAAUCCACGGGGAGAAGAAGGUGGCCCUUGGUGUUUUACAAGCAAUCCAAAAAUACGUCAUGAAGUCUGUGAGAUCCCCCUCUGCUCUGAAGUUGAGUGCAUGACAUGCAAUGGAGAAGGCUAUAGAGGCCCAAUGGAUCAUACUGAAACAGGCAAGGAAUGUCAACGCUGGGACCUUCAAAGACCACACAGACAUCCUUUUCGUCCAGAGAAAUACCCUGACAAAGGCUUUGAUGAUAACUACUGCCGCAAUCCGGAUAGUAAACCGAGGCCAUGGUGUUACACUCUUGACCCAAACACCCCCUGGGAGUUUUGCUCAAUUAAAACAUGUGCUCAGAAUGUGGUGCACAACUCUGCAGUAGUAAUUGAAACAACUGAGUGCAUACAAGGGCAAGGAGAAGGCUACCGUGGUACUGUGAACACCAUCUGGAGUGGGAUUGAAUGUCAACGCUGGGACUCUCAGGUGCCUCACCAACAUAACUUCACAUGGGAGAACUUUAAAUGCAAGGAUUUAAGAGAGAACUAUUGCCGAAACCCAGACGGAGCUGAGGUACCCUGGUGUUUUACAACCAACCCAAACAUUCGGAUUGGGGAUUGUUCCCAAAUACCAAAAUGCAAUGUGUCCACUGAGCAAGAUUGUUAUCGAGGAAAUGGGACGAAUUAUAUGGGCAAUUUAGCCCAGACACGGUUUGGCUUGACUUGCUCUAUGUGGGAUAAAAACAUUCAAGAUUUAAGAAGGCAUCUACCUAUAUAUAAAGACCCAGAUAUAAGCAAGUUGAAGAAAAAUUACUGUCGUAAUCCCGAUGAUGAUGCACACGGUCCUUGGUGUUAUACUAGUAAUCCUCAGAUCCCUUGGGAUUAUUGUCGUAUAUCUAGAUGUGAGAAUGAUCCAGUUCCUAUGAUGAGCAAUUUAGACAUUGCCAUCAUUCCUUGUGCUUCUACUAAGCAGCUAAGAGUUGUUAAUGGAAUCCCUACCCAACCUGACAAAGGAUGGAUGGUUAGUUUGAAAGACAGCAGAGGCAGACAUUUCUGUGGAGGUUCACUGGUGAAAGAAGAUUGGGUCCUGACAGCAAAACAGUGUUUUCUCUCUAGGCAUAAUCUCAAAGACUAUCAGGCUUGGCUUGGAAUACAUAAUGUGGAAAGAGCUCAUGAAGAAAAGCAUAAACAAGUUCUGAAUAUUUCCCAAUUGGUCUAUGGCCCUGAAGGAUCAGACCUAGUAUUGCUAAAACUUUCCAGGCCAGCAGUAAGCAAUAAUGCUGUAGCUAUUAUCCGCCUGCCCAUUUCUGGUUGCACCAUUCCAGAUGGUACCACUUGCAGUGUUUAUGGAUGGGGACACACAGGAACAAGAACCUUUGAUGGGCGACUUCAAGAAGCAAAUAUGAUCAUUAUGGGGAAUGAGCGCUGCAAUCAGGAUUUUGGAGGAAACGUAGUCCUGAAAGAAUCAGAAAUGUGUGCUCGAGCUGAGAGCAUUGGCAGUGGAACUUGUGAGCGGGAUUAUGGUGGUCCACUGGUCUGCGAACAGAAUAGAAUUAAAAUAGUCAUGGGAGUGAUCAUCCCCGGGCGAGGAUGUGCAGUUCCCAAACGGCCUGGGAUUUUUGUCAAGGUGGCCUUCUACUCCAAAUGGAUACACAAGAUCUUAAUGACAUACAGGUCAUAGCUGAAGAUCCCAGCCAGAAAAGAAAAUGCCCAUUCUGGGAACAUUUGUGGAAAGUGGGAAAUUGCAGUGUAAUAGAGAAAUCCUUGAUUUUUAAAAAAAUGUCAUCCAUCAAAUAUUUACUUGAUAAUAGUCAAGUUUAACUGAUAUUUAUGGCUCUUCCUGUCCCAUUCUGCCUCUGGCUACGUCAUGUGAAGUGAACAGUGGGGUAAGCAAAUGUGGUGACUUAUUUCCUGAAGAUACUUGAAUGGGAAAGCAAAAUUGCUAAUAUGAUGGCUGGAUAAAUAUACAUUCUCUACCCUUGGUCCAGUUUUUUCUAGGCUGCUGGUUAGGAUAGCGUGUUAAUUAGACAUAAACACCCUUUGCAGUAUUGUUCCUUACCAUUCACAGCUCUGAAUUCAUCUUUAAGCAGCAUUUAAUGUGUGCAUAAGCCAGGGACAAUGUUGUCCCCUAAUCGUUUAAUUAUAUUUUGAUACACUUAUCAAUGGCUUUGUGGAUUUAUAACCCAGUUUAGCGAUUAACUCAUGAAGUACAUUCCAUAAUGGUAGUGAAAGUCAUCCCAAUUUCUUUAUGGGACAUAUUUCCAAUAGAGAGAAUGUAAUUUUUCUAGAGGAGUCCAUAAAUGGAACCAACAUCUAUUAUGGUUGGGUGGUGAUUGAACAAUGGAUACCUAUUGUUACUUUGAGAGCAAUCUCCUUUUAAAAAGCUCUUGAUGCAUGACAAAGAGAGGUGAAGGAUCACCAUUAGGGGGGUGGGGGGAAAGUGGCAAACAUCUUGCUAGGCAUACAUAAAGGAAUUCUUUGGAGACCAAGCAUAUUGUAUUGUUUAAGCUUUUUUUUUUUUUUUCUUUUGUACCUACAAAUUUCACUCUGUCCCAUUUCUUUUAAGUUCAGCUAUUGCUUCUCCUUUAGAAGGUAAACUUUCUAAACCACUUUGCCUUCCAAACGGUUCUCCCACUAUCUCUGACCUUUGGCUGUAAUAAAGAUUAGUUCAUUCAUUCAUUCAUUCGUUCCUCCACUCCUGCAUGUUUGCCAGACCUACAUGAGGUUCUAAAUCUAAGGAUAGAUCUAGGAUUUGGGGGUGGAGAAAAAGCAGGGGAUGGUAGAGAGUUUUCUAAACUGCUGAUCAUUCCAUUACAUAAUAUUAGAGAUGGAAAUUUCAGUUAUGCCAUAGAAAUGGCAAGAGCAUUAACACCUCUUAUGUGCUGUCCAUAUAAAAUUCCAGCAGAUCAAGAAUGAAAAUUAAAUUAAACCUUUAUUUUACAGUCAUGUUUCCAACACACAUCAUGGAGCAGGUAAUUUCAA